CUGACGUGGACCAGGGGGUUGCCACAUGCCCAGGGGGGGUCUUUAAAACACGACUGGAGAUGCUCUACCCCUGAUGCGCAUCUUUUGCGCAACUUUCCUCCAGCAUCCACUUGGAUAGGACGCAACAUAGACCAGAUAAAGUUUUGAAACUUGGGUUUUCACAAGCUUGUUUAAUUUUUAAGUUCCUUUUUAGACAAAUGUGGCUCCUGGGAUCAGCUUCACAGGUUCUGAUGGCGGAUGAGCGCACGUCUCCCCCCGCACGCCCCGUCCAGAGUCCGGGGAGCAACCCGGCCACCGUCCACAGCAUCGAGGCCAUUCUGGGGUUUAAAGAGGACACUAUCUUCCACAAGUCCGCCUCCUACAAUCUGACGGAAAAAGACGCAGAGCGCAGCGGGGCUGUUGCUGUGAUGCAAACCAAGAAAGCGCCUUUCCCUGACAGCUGCGCGCCGGACUCACCGGACAGAGACGGGAAACUCUCCGACGAUGAAACCCAGAAGAAGAAACACCGCCGGAACCGAACCACCUUUACCACAUACCAGCUCCACGAACUGGAGCGGGCCUUUGAGAAAUCCCACUAUCCGGACGUGUACAGCAGAGAGGAGCUGGCCCUGAAGGUCAACCUGCCGGAGGUCCGCGUGCAGGUUUGGUUUCAAAAUCGGCGGGCAAAGUGGCGACGCCAGGAGAAGCUUGAAGUGAGCUCCAUCAAGCUGCAGGACACUCCCUCAUCUUUGCUCUCCUUCAGCCGCUCCCCCACCGGCUCCGGGCUGCAGCUGGACCCCUGGCUUUCUGGCCCGAUCACCACCUCCGCCUCCCUGCAGUCUCUGCCGGGCUUCAUCAGCAGCUCGCAGGGCCUCCCGGGAGCUUACACUCCGCCUCCGCCUUCGAUGCCUUCUUCCUUGCCGACCUCCUUAUUCAACUCCCCUAGCUUGGGACACAGCCCUCACCUGCCCCACAUAAGCUCCAUGUGUCCCCCACCCCCAGCAUACCAGUGCUCAUCAGACCCGCGGAACUCUAGUAUUGCUUCACUGAGGAUGAAGGCCAAGGAACACAUUCAGUCCUUUGGGAAAACGUGGUGACGCCGAGAGGAGCCUCAAAAUCUCCUGAGACGCCCAGAAUGGAACAUUUUCCAAUAAAAUAACUUUGUGUUCCUGGAGAUUGGAUUAUUGAGAGGAAAUGUUGUCAGGACUCUUGAUUUCUUUACCCAAAACUGGAAGAAAACUCCUGCAGAGGCAGCAGGAACUAUACAUAUAACCAGGACUGAACUUUCCAUUGUAUUUUUCUUUUACUGUAUCAUCUCUGUGCAUUGUUUUACUGUAAAGUUGUUGUUUUUUAUUCACUUUGCCCUGUCUCCAAACUGUGUUAUAUGUUAUAGAUAUGUUUCUUUCUAUUCAUACUAGAGAAAGAGAUCUCCUUUUGCUUAAUUUCUUCACCUUUUAUUCUUGUAGAAAUUAAAAGAAAAUUUUGUUUACUUUAGAAAAAACUGCACUAUGGGAAGCAAAUAAACUGAAAACCACAGUGGGUCAUUUGAGAUUUACUUAUAUUUACGACAGAAUCUAUUUUUUCAAAAAAAAAAGUGUAACUAAAAAUUAAACUAAAGAUUUUGACUAAGUAUUCUGGAAGUUUUUGAUCAAUAUCUAUAUAUUUUUCCUUGUCACGUUAAAAAAUAAAGAAUAUCAACAAAA